AUGAAGGGGAAAGUGCAACGACUGGUUGACCCGUAUCAGUACAUUGGCUCCGGCGGGUCAGCUUACUUGCCUCCGGAGCUCCUGAAGACUGUGUGUAGUGUGGACAGUCGGGAGAAGAGACGGGUGACCAGGUACGAAGUUGAAAAAGAGGGUGGGGAUCCCCCAGAAAGGCCUCUUCAACUCUUACUACACGAACCGGCACGCGGGCUGGACAGACAAAAUAAAAAAAAAAAACAAAUUUGUAAAAAUUACGACAAAUACCACCACGUGAUCCCUUCAGUAGACUUUAAGGGAUGUCCCGUCCGAGACGACUGGCCACAUAUUCACCACCAGACGCCUCUCAAGGGAAUCUAUCCACGACAGCGGGACAACCACAUCUACAACAACAGAGCAACCAUGUCUAACUACAGGCUGCUUAUUCUAACUUUGUUUUUCGUGCAUUGUGAAUUAUGUUUCGCAAAUACUCUCGCGGUCGACGAAGGUUUUGAAAAUGCAAACGCCGUGCAACAGGCAAAACUGGACAUUUUACACAAGCGAUCCGAUCACGUACACACCGAAAAGUGGAAUAAACUUAAAAGGAACACCGUUGCGUGUGCUGUCAAUGACCGCGUAACGGAUGUCCUGGAACACCACGCGAGACAUCCAAGAGAUGUCCAGUCAUCCACAUCCGGUAGCAAAGAGGGGUAUCUGGAAAACAAAGCGGUCUACUUCAUCGGCCAGAAACAAGUGCUAAGACUGAAGGAUCGAAAUAAGGCCAAGACACUGAUUCCGUACAAAGCCUUCACGAUUGAACUUUGGAUUAAACCUGAAGGCGGACAGCCGGACUCCGUACCAAUUAUCGAGCUUCUUGACGUAUGUAAUGGAAAUAGCGAGUGGAGGGGCUGGGCGGUGGGUAUUCAGGCGACUCAGGAUCAUGGGGAACGAGAAGCUAGAGUUUUUUUCUCUCUCCGCACCGACAGGGCUAAGGAAGUGACUAGGAUCAGAGCUCAUAGGAAGUACGACGUGUCCCGCUGGACUUAUGUGGCAGCUCUGUAUACGGGUACAAAAAUGAAGCUGUUUAUCAAUGGCGGAAUGGUAGGAGUGGGUACAGGUCAAAUUGGCGAUAUAUUCAGUCCAAUCAUCCAACACUGCAAAGAGGUGAAUCUGGGCGGAAGAGCCUCUACCCAUAGCUAUUUCAGAGGUUAUGUCAGUCGCCUUCAGCUCUGGAACAGAUCACUCACACAUUCGGAAAUCUCUAGACACGCGAGACUUCCCUCUACUCCAAGAGACUCCGAUGGCGGAUUAGUUUUCCGUGAAGAAUUUAAGGACUUGAGUAGGUGGACACCACAGUUGACCAAAGCACUUCCGGUUGUUUCUUCCGGUAUGCCCGGACUGCAUCAUAACCUUCGGUUAACAGCGCCUCCAUGCGGCAAGACUGUGUGUGAUGACCCGGAUGUGGUACUGAGCUACUUGAAAGAACCAGUCUUGCGCUUGGAAAAAGUAGUGCGGUACCGCGUGAUUAACGUCAUGAACGAUAACGGAACAAAUCCGACGGUCAGCAACGUGCAAAUUCAGUUUCAACACGAGGCACUCACCGAGGCUUUCCGCCCGUACAAUAUCUCCUGGAAGCUCGAGGUUCAAAACGUCUCGAAUAGCUUUCUUCGAGAACGCCUGAUCCUGUUCGGGUGUGACUCGGCAAACAUCGGAAACGGCAAGUGUGACAAGGAAUGCCAGAUCCCGAUGACCGGGAACGACGGAGGGGACUGUGACACGGUGCCAAUGCCCUGUGACACCAGGGCUAUUGGGAACGGUGUGUGUGACUAUGAGUGUGACAGAGCUUACCACCAGUGGGAUGGAGGAGACUGCUGUCUACCCUCUCCGAUGGCUCACCAGACGUGCUUUGACCCUACACAUCCGCUGAGGGCUUACCUAAGCGUGGAGGAAUACAGGGACGUACUGGGAUUUGACAGUUCGGAGAAGCUAAAUGUGUUCUUUGCCACAUGGACCGUGAAACAGCUGAUUGGCCUCGCGACAUUUCCCUGGGAGAAAAACUUAUACACGAUACAAGGCGGUACAAUUGUUCAACCGGAAAACUUUGGUAUCCCCGGAAGUACCGACAGCCUUGUGCACGAGUUCGGGCAUAAUUUGGGGCUUUGGCACGUGCACCAUGGCGUAUCAGAGAUGGAUUGUAAUGAUAGGUGUUUGGAGACCCAUCCAUCAUUGACCCUUGGUGACCUUUGCUCAGACACCGUCCCCACCCCUCACAACACAAAAUGCCGCGAUCCAGAUGUCAGUACAACCAUGUGUGGGAUAGGCCAUUACAGGAACACGUCGUUCCGAAAUUAUAUGAGCUACGCAUAUGACGAUUGCACCGAUCAUUUCACACCUCAGCAGGUUGCCCGGAUGCAUUGUUACCUGGAUUUGGUUUAUCAAGCGUGGAUGGUGUCAACUAACCCGUCACCAGUACCGCUAAAACCAAAGGUCGUCCGCCAAUCAGAGGGUUCGGUCUCUCUCGCUUGGCUCCCGCCUCUCGGGCCAUCCACGAUCGGUAAUCUCUCCGUGUGUGGUUCCUGUUUAGUAGACGGCUCGUUUGCGCAGUACGCGCACAGCGCCACCUCGCGGAAACAAAAGGGAGAUAGAUCACCCAAGGAAGCUACAGGCCCUCCAGAUGCAGAUAGGUGUAAGGGGAGUACUCGACUGUGGUUACCAAACGCCUACCAUUGUCCAGAUUACUGUUACUUGGAGCUGACGUUUCAGGAGAUCGUCGUACCGAAAAGAGAGAUUUCCCAAGGCGUCACCUAUAACUACACAGUGUACAGCGUUUCCGGAGUCUUCACAGGGCCACCCUCACCAACGCUCUCCUACACCCCGGGGGAAGCCUUCUGUGGGGACGGAAAAGUCAACAGAGAUAUGGGGGAGACAUGUGACGAUGCCAACACGUUGGACGGGGACGGUUGUGACCUCAACUGUCAGAGAGAGGAAUUCUUCCACUGUACAGACGAACCCAGUCUUUGCUACAUCCACGAUGGCGACGGUGUGUGUGAGGAAUUCGAAAAGCACUACAGUGUGAAGGAUUGUGGGUACUACACUCCAGAUGGAUUUAUUGACCAAUGGGCGAGCUCUGCAAUCGCAAACCCUGUUUUCGGAACAAGCAGUGUGUUCUUCCCCAGAGCAGUUGUAGCCACGGAGGUAAUAGUACACUUCACAUCGGACGGUAAGACACACGUGGACCCCGGAGCUAAGACGGUGCAAGUGGCGUUGAUUACAGAGCAGGGUGAACAGGUGCCCGUGGGUGAUCCGAGCACCACGCUGAACUGUCACACCAACCCUCUCCAGGUGCCAAUACAACAAGACCUCAGCAAACAGUUCCAGAAAACGAAAGGGGUGAUUAUCCGUUUCUCCUCAUAUAAUAUCGGGAUCUCGGCCGUCAGGCUGCGCUCCUCGAACUACCUUGACCUGGUGGCGUUGCAGUCGUGUUCCCAGGAUGAGCUGUAUGACGUCAAAAGCGGACGCUGCUUUGCCCGUGCGUGCGGAUCAUCGUCGUGCAAGCCAACGAGAAUUAAAAAUGGCCGAUUGGUCUGCAGCGGACAUUCUGAAGGGGAUAUUUGCACAGUUCAUUGCAACCAGGGGUAUCGCCUGCUGAGCCCUGAUACGGAGCUCCGAUGUUUGAGUGGUCAAUGGUCAGGUAGUGCGCAUGUGAACUGCUCCCCAGUGGACUGUGGACGUCCGGUCAUCUCUCACGCCUCAGUCGCCUGCCCGGACGGCACGACGUUCGGACAAGAGUGCGUCUUUAAAUGCAAACGGCCCGCGAGAAGGCAAGGGGAAAUAACCGCAGUUACCUGUGAAGCAGACGGCCUGUGGUCAAUGCCAAAGUCCCUAUGUCGCGUGCGGUGUGAAGCGCCCCCCGUCCAUCCUAAUGCCGUUCUCGCUAGCCGUUCUUGUAGGAAAGGACGACACGAUGUCGGCAAACGAUGCAAGUUUCGCUGUAAAAAAGGUUACCAUGUGGACGGGAGGGCCAGAAAACGUCGUGUGGUAAAGCUGAUGUGUGAGGUUGACGGCGACUGGUCCGGUUCCCGAUGUAUCGCCGACACUUGCCCGCCUCCGGAUCCCAUAUUUACCGGACUCUACCAGUGCUCUAAGGAGUUCCGAACCGGAAGCCAAUGUUACCUCUCCUGUCCUGACGAUAGAUACAAUCAGCAGCGUAUCACGUGUCAAGCAGACGGCCAAUGGGACGGCACCUUCUCCAUGUGUCGAUUUUCAAAUGCAGCCACGUGUCCAUCGCUUAAAAACUACGGCAAAGGACUUGUGAUGAAAUGCAACGGAAUGAACCCAGGUAUCAUACAACAUUCUUUGUUUGAAAGAGAAACUUGUUUAGAAGGCUCCACCUGUGAGGCCCGCUGUCUCUAUCCACACCAACACCCAGUGACCAGUCAGAGAGUUCUGGAUCUAACACCACGUGACACAGUUCUGCUACUCACGUGCACGGGAACAAGGCGAUGGUAUCCGGAUGUAGAGGAUAUGACGUGUGUGGAGAGCUGCAGCACGGCUUUUGUAGGCGACGGCUGGUGUGAUGCCAAGAACAACCGUGCUCAGUGCCUGUGGGACGGAGGCGACUGCUGCUCGUCCACCCUGGAAGGUCGGCCGGUGCAACCUUUCCCAGACACCUGCAGUGACGAGUGCACGUGCAAAGACCCAGACGCAGUGGAAAAUUACCAGUACAGCGAGACGAGCAACAGGAGCAAAUCUGUAGCUGAAACAAACAAGCGACGUCACGAGCGACGCCGCCACAGCAAGGACUCAAACUGA